AUGCCUCUCCCACCAAAUGAUCAGCGUGUCCGCAUUCUGCGCACAGCGUUUACAGUCUAUUACCACAAUGACUUAAUCAAAACACACAAAUUUUACCUAGACUUCGGACUAAAAAUCGCCGAAGAACGUCCCGAUGGGCAGAUCUUCUUCAAGGGCUAUGGCACAGAACCCUUCGUUUACGUGGCCAAACAAGCCGAUGGCGAGAGCAAGUUCGGUGGCGCGGCUUAUGAGGUCGAAUCUCGUGAAGAGCUCGAGAAGGCUGCCCGCUUACCAGGUGCCAGUCCGAUUAGCAAGUUAGAUGCUCCCGGCGGCGGAGAAAUCGUAACGUUGACGGAUCCUAUCGGUUUUAAAGUGUUUUUGGUCCACGGACAGACACCGAAAGACGCAGAGGCUCCUCACCUGGAGAAACUCGUUGUCAACUACGCGGAGGAGAAGCCGCGAAAAGGAGAAUUCCAUCGAUUCAAGACUGGGCCGGCUCUUAUCCAUCGAUGGGGCCAUUACGGAGUCACUUAUCCAGAGGGCAAAUACCAAGAGAUGUACGACUGGUACACCAAAACCCUAUCUCUAGCUCCAUCCGACCUCGUAUAUCGAGACGGAAAGCCAAUCACCUGCUUCUUCCACAUCGACCGCGGCCUCGAAUACACCGAUCAUCAUUCGUUCUUCUUCAAGCCAUGCAAGGCUAAUACAGCGCCUGCGGUGGCCCAUUCGGCUUUCGAAGUGCAUGAUUUCGAUGUUCAGCAGUUAGGACAUCAGUAUCUGCAAAGCCAGGGUCAUGAGCUUUGCUGGGGCGUUGGUAGGCAUGUCCUUGGAAGCCAGGUAUUUGAUUACUGGUUCGACCCCAGUAAAUUUGUCGUGGAGCACUAUGCGGAUGGAGAUGUUGUCAAUAUCGAGACUGAAGUCUCCAAGGUGCAGGCUGGACCCGAAGCCUUGUCCAUCUGGGGCCCACCCGUGCCGCCAGUCUUUUAA